UUAAAAAGGACUAUUAUAAAAAAUCCAACAAUAAUACCACAACAAUGUACAUAUCAUUUUCAAUCAUAUAAUUCAAAUGUAUGCCAAUUAAGAAUUGACUUUGAUAUGACAUUAGCUCAACCAACAAUACCGGAUGGAAAUAAUGGCUUAGAAUCAGUAACAUGUCUAAUGGAUAAAUUUAGUGUUGGAAAUACUGUAAUUUGUGGAACAAAUACAAAACAACAUAGAAUGUUAUCAUAUUUUACUCAACAAUAUACAAAUUUACCAGAUUUAAGAACAUUAUUUUUGAGGCCAAAUUAUUAUGCCGAUGUUGAUUUGUUGGCACCGCCCGGAUGUUUACAAUAUUUUACAAAAAGACAAGGAACUUUUGAAUCAUUUAAUUUUAAUAUGGGUAAAGGACCAUAUAUGUCAAAUAUGCGAUAUGGAAUAUGCUUUAAGCGAACACCCUUAGAUCAUAAAAUACGAUUUUCAUCGGAGACAUUUCAAAUUGGUGCAGCAUCUGAUACGAGUAAUUUUGUAGAUAUUGAUUGUCAUGAUAUUGUUGCAACACCGAAAAGAUCAAAUGAUUAUCUAACUAUACCUGAAUCAGUUCUGGAAUCUGAUAUAGAAAUGUUUGGAAAUUAUUAUUGUGGUACAAGUUUGCGAGAUGACAUAACAUAUGCACCACCUGGCCCAUUCGUAAUUUAUUUUAAUAGUGACAAUCUUUUUUCGACACUAGUACCAGAAGUUGGAUUUAAAAUAAAUUAUGUGAUUCAAUAG